AUGCGAGAAAGAGGAUUUCAGAUUUCGAUUCUUGUUGCGCUGUUGUUACUGGCUAUUAUUACAGAAGCAGAAAAUCCAGGUGACAAAACUCUAGGAAAACGUGACACGGAUGGGUCCUCAAACACAGAAAAUACUACUCAGUUGAUAAAUAAAGCAGAGAAAAUUAAGAUCGAAGAAGCGGAUACAGAAAAGGUCCAAGCAACGGAGAGAGCAGCAAUCGAUGUGGCGGAUGCAGAAGACAUGGAAGAAACGGAAGCAACACAUGCUCAAGCAGCGGAAGCGGAACAAUUCAAAGAAACAAUGAAUACAGUGGAAGAUGGGAAAAUUGUAGAGCAAAAAACCAGCUCUCAAGAAAAUGGACCAGAAGUUGAUGAAAAUAAUGAUGAUUUGUUCACGAUGGAACAUCUCGGACUAGACAUUCCGGUGAAAUCAGCUGUUGAGGCAUUAAAUAUGGAUGUGCUGAAACAAAUGUUACUAAAGAAGUUGACGGAGAAACUUGGCAAAUAUGCAAAGAGCAAUGAACGUAAGAAAAAAAUAUCUUAA